AAUGGGAAUUUCGUAGGAGCACCGGCUGCACCUUCUUUUUCGUUUUCUGCACUGUUUUUACAGAUAGAGAACCGGAAGCUGGAAUUCCGGGGGAAAGCACAGAGUAAAAUCGGUUCGUUGGAGAAUGCCAACCACCGACCCGGCGGUGGGGAGAAAAAGAUUUUUGAUGAUAAGGAAUAUUUGAAACAAAAGCAGUCCAGCAACAGAAGUUCUUCCAGGAUGACCCGGAGCACCUCCAGUUUUGGGAGUUCGGAGGGAAAACGCUCUGGGCUUCAGACUCCAGAGCCUCGGACGGGGACUGGGACGAACGGAGCAGCCGAGGUGACAGCCCAGGAAGGGCCAGCGGGUGACGGGGCACCGGCUCCACCGCCUCCACCCCCUGCCGAAUCGCUGGGAUCGAACGAGGCUCCGAGCGAAGAUGCACCUGCAGAAGUAGCACCGAUAGUCGAAGAGGCGGCUCCGGCAGAGGAGGCAGAGGAGGAAGCGGCACCGGUAGCCGAGGAGGCGGCUCCGGUCGUCGAUGAGGCGGCAUUGAUGGUCGAGGAGGCGACCCCGGCAGAGGAGGAAGCGGCACCGGCGGUCGAGGAGGCGGCCCCGGCGGAGGAAGAAGCGGCCCCGGCAGCAGAGGUGGAAGAGGAGGCGGGAGCAACGGUGGAGAUUCCGGACUCGGGGGCCGCAGAAGAGACCGAGGAAGUGGCAGAAGACCUGGCAGUCCCGACCGAAGAGCCGCAGAACGAGGAUCCACCCAAGGAGGCCGAAGAAGUGCCGGAGGAGCCGACUGCAGGCGGAGAAGAAGCCGGAGACGGAGCAGCGCCUCCACCGUGA